UGAUGGAGAGGCAUUCUCGGCGCAACACAUGAACAAAACCGACUUAAUUUCUAAUCUCAUCUCUCAUCGCUAGGUAAAUUACCUAGGUACCGACCUAUAUUCGUAUAUUUUCUAGAGCAAGAUACAAUCGAGCACCAUGACGCAAUAUCCUCAUUCGGCUAGUAGUAACAAUGAUGUAUUCAUUGCAGUCAUGGGCGUUACCGGGGCUGGGAAGAGCACGUUUAUUUCUCAUUGUACAGAGAAUCAGGUAGAGAUAGGGCACGAUCUCCAAGCUUGUACUCAAGGAGUAGGAGUUUACAAAUCAUCGUUAUUCCAGAACAGAAACGUCUACCUCGUCGACACACCAGGCUUUGACGAUACGAACCGUACAGACAAGGAGGUCCUGAAGGAGAUCGCCAUCUGGCUGGGAAAGUCAUAUGAAGAGAAGAUCCAGCUUAGCGGUAUUAUCUAUCUCCAUCGAAUCACGGAUACCAGAAUGCAAGGAUCUGCGAAGAAGAACUUACUUAUGUUCAAAAAGCUAUGCGGACCACAAGCCCUUAAUCGCGUUAUCUUGGCUACGACGAUGUGGGAACGGCUUCCCAGCGAAGACAUGGGCGUAAAGCGUGAAAACGAACUAGUGAAUACAGAAGAGUUUUGGGGAUGGAUGACACGGCAGGGAUCAAAAGUUCGACGGCACCACAACACGGAAACUUCUGCCAAGAAUCUUCUUCAGAUCUUCGUGUCUUCUACCAAUGCCCCUAUUAAGCUUAAGAUCCAGGAGGAAAUCGUCGACAAGCACAAACAGUUGAGCGAGACAAGCGCAGGUAUCGAAUUAGAUAGUGCGCUAGCUCAAGAAAGAGAGAAGUACCGAAGAGAGCUAGAAGAGAUGAAAGAGGAGAUGAAGGAAGCCUUAGCCGCCCGUGAUAACGAGACAGCUAAUAUUAUACGGCAAACCCAACAAGAAGUCCUGGAUAAAAUCAAGAACCUGGACCGCGACCGACAGGAACUUAGGGUGUCUUUCGAAAAGAUGUACCAAGAACGUGUUGCACAGCUUGAAGGUCAGUUGCACCAGCAACACGAGGCAAAUCAGAAGAUGCACAGCUCUAUGCAGGAGAUGAUGGUAUCGAUUGAGCGAGAAAGGAGAAAAGUCAGGGAACCUCAAGCGAAGCAGAACGAAUUUCGGACCCAAACCAACAGCUGGACACCACGAUACGAGAAACCGAAACCGAAACCAAAGACACCCGCUAGAUCCGCGCCAUAUUCCUGUCUGGCCUGUAAAAAGGGAUUCUGGGAUAAGGAAUUGCUCUUCGAGCACCUCGAGGAACGCGAACGUGCUGGGAAAUCGCACGCAAGAGACAUUAACACCGGAAGGCCAGAGACGUUGCGCCGCAAGGGCCAACCCCUCCCAACCGCGGUUUUGCUUGGGUCACUUUUUACAUGCCUAGAAUGCCACAAAGGCUUCACGACUAGAGAUAGCCUCUUUGAGCAUCUUGAGAAACAGGAGCGGAUGGGAAGAUCGCAUGCGAGGGAUACGCGUACUGGAAGACCAGAAAGAUUAACGCGACGGAAAGGUAUUAAGAACCGCUCCUAAGAACCCAACUUGUGAUUUAUAGGUAGGUAGGGAUAGCGAGCAUUCUAUCACUAAUGGAAUUUUUUCCUUGCCGAGGUAGUCUUUCACGUUGAUAUAGGUACUAGCUAGUAUACCUUAAUAAGAGCAAAUCAUAUCAAGUCG